AUGGUUCAGUAUCUCGCUGUUUUCCUGAUUCUCUCUCUUUUUGGCGGCUCACUGGUAACGACCACCUCACCUCAGCAACAAAACGCCACAGAGUUAAAAGACUUAUGCCAGGUAAGAAAUGCAUAAAGAUAUAAAGAGGAGUACUACGCCGUAGAUUAGGUACACCCAGAAACUGUUUUAUUACUCUCACGUCGUUAUGUUCAUUUACUAAAAAUACCCGUUAAAAGUGUAUGGCAGUUUAUUUGAAAGUCCUCGCUUCAGCAUGAUCUUUCCUCGAAAACCUGAAGCCUGUCCAUUGUUAGCUGUUAAUUUUCUCUGAUUCCAUCCUCGUCCAUUCGAGGCGAGAUAACGCUAUAAAGAGGAUUAUGAUAUCCAAGGUCCAUUCCGUGCCUCGAAAACAAGGGAGACGGUUGGCAGGUAUAGACUUUGUCCAUUUUGGUCUGGAAUCAUUGUUUGCGUGAGAGCUACGGCUGUGUAUGAACGUAUUUAUCGUUUCAAUUCCAAAUGAGAAGGAAAUAGAAAUAAUUAUGCGAAUUCUUUUUCGUUGCUGUUCUAAACUAAUCUAAGUAAUUAUGACAAGCAUAAUUUCUUCGAGGCAAGGUCUGAAAACUGGUAUGGAUUUUAGAGGCCAAGUCUGAAUACGCGUGUAAAAAAUGACGUGAUUUGGUUUGAAAUAGAGUCAGGAUUUUGAGGACCGGGUGGCACAUCCCCACCAAGAAUUCCUGGGAGUACCCCCCCCCCACCUCGAGUUAUCUAAGGUUCCGCGUCGUCUUUGUCUCGACAAUUCAUCUUUUUUUCCCCCAACUUUAGCGAUCUAUGCUGGGUUUCCCCGGUAUUCCAGGAUCAAAUGGUAUACCUGGAGUGCCGGGAGUGCCGGGCGUCCCGGGGCCACACGGACCCCAGGGAAAAGAAGGUGUAAAAGGACAAAUUGGUGAUAAAGGAUCACAAGGAAUGCCGGGUCCAAGAGGAGACAGAGGGCGCGAAGGACCCCCUGGGAAGAGUGGACCCCGAGGAAUUCAGGGAAUGAAAGGUGAACAGGGACUUCUGGGAAUGAAAGGAGAGCGAGGCAUUGUGGGAAAUCAAGGAAGAAAAGGAGGCAAAGGAGAGAAAGGAGAAAGCGCCAAAGCAAGUCAAGCAAGUGUAGUACCACAAACCAACUGGAAACAGUGUGUGUGGAAAUCACAGAGCGGUACUGAUAACGGAAAGAUUAAGGUAAUUAGAAUAAGAAUCAUUCAUAACACACUCCAAAGAAAAUUCACUCCUUUUUAUAUUAAAACAUUUCAAAGAACAAUGUCUUUCCUCUCACUCACCGUUUGCUAACACAUCACGUAAAUAACUAAAUAGUUACAUUUCCGUACAAUUUGGUUCUUUUUGAACGAAAAAAGGAAAACCAUCAUGCGUGAUAACAUGAUUCCUGGCCAUAUGGAUAAGGACAAAAAUUGAAAGUAUUACAGAGCUUUUAAAAAGUAGCAAGUAAUCUUGACUGGAGUUGUUAGUAGCAAUCAUUACGACACGGUUGUUCUCCUUACUACAAUAUGUUUGUUUUGUUUGAUUUUAUCCAGGACUGUGCGUUUAACAAACUGCAGUCUAAUUCAGCGCUCAGAGUCUCAUUCCAGGGAAACACGAGGGUCUAUGGAACCAGUGAUAAGUGUAACCGGUGGUAUUUCAAGUUCAAUGGAAAUGAAUGCAGUGGACCAAUGACGAUUGAGGCUGUUGUUUACAACGACUGGCCAUCUGGGUACCCUAAUCUGCUGCAUCAUCGGUCAUUUGAGGGGUACUCUGAAAACAUUCCACAAGGAGCGGUCAGAGUGGAAUUAUGGGUAGGAAAGUGCAGUAGCCAAACCCUGGGUAAUGCUGAAACUGGGUGGAAUUCAGUGUCCCGGAUAAUUAUUGAAGAAGUAUCCAGGCCCCAGUCCUAA